CUCUCUCUCUCUCUCUCUCUCUCUCUCUCUCUCUCUCUCUCUUUCAAGUUUCUGCAAGAAAGAUCAAAUUUUUAAUCUUCCCCUUCACCAAAAACCCCCCCAACUUUUUGCCUCCUCUGUACAUACCCACCUCACAACAAACACAAAACUCCAUCAUCCAUGGCCGCCAACAAAUUUGCCACCAUCUUGCACAGAAACUCCAACAAAAUCACCCUUAUUUUAGUUUACGCUCUUCUUGAAUGGGUUCUCAUCUUUCUUCUUCUUCUUCAUGGUCUUUUCUCUUACCUGAUCGUUAAAUUUGCAGAGUGGUUUGGGCUUAAGCGACCCUGUUUAUGGUGUUCUAGAGUAGACCAUGUUUUCGAGCCUGAGAGAAAGCAUUCUUAUAGAGAUCUUCUUUGUGAAGGUCAUGCUAUGGAGAUUUCUAAUCUGGGUUACUGUUCGAAUCAUCGGAAACUGUCGGAGUUUCGAGAUUUAUGCGAGGAUUGCUCGUCCUCUUCUAAGUCUAAUGAGUUCUAUCAGAUUUCUAAGAGCUUUCCGUUUUUUGAUGAUGAGAAGGAGGAUUUCAAGAGCUGUUCUUGCUGUGGGGAAACUUUGAAGAGUCGAUUGUUUUCCCCUUGUAUUUUGAUUAAACCGAAUUGGGGGGAUUUGGAUUAUACCCAGAAAGGGAAUUUUAUUUCUGAGACAGAAACUGAUGAAAUUCACGUUUCUCAAUCGGAAGAUGUCAGCGGAAACAGAGGAAUCUCCAUUGUUUCCGGUGGGGAAGAGGGAGAGAAAAACUCCACUUGCUCUGUUUGUGGCUGUGGUUGUAAAGAUUCAGCGGUUCACGAGGAUGAUGACGAUGAUAGAGCUGAUAUUAGUGCUGAAAAAGAUGGGGAUUUUCUUGAGCUGGCUGAAGAUCUGACCAUUUGUAAUCAGAAAACAGUUGAAGUUGGUUGUGAGAAAGAGGAUGAGUUGCCCGAGACUGUUCCUAAUCAUCUCGAGUUCUACAUUGAUCGGGGUGAUGAUCGGCGGUUGAUCCCAGUUGAUUUGAUCGAUUUUUCGGCCCCUGAUGACGAUAAUAACACUAGCAACAUCUUAAGCCAAGUGAAAGAUGAGGAACAAGAACAAGAGGAUUGUGGGAAUGAAGAUGUUGUUUUGGAUUUUGGUUCUAAUUUUGAGAAUCAAAGGCAUGGUGUGAAUGAAGAUUGGGAAGUUAUUUCAGGAGAGAGACUGGCAGAGUUUCUCUCUGUUUCUCUUCAUGAGAACAAGCAGCGAGUUGAAGAGGUGGAAGCCAUGGAUGUGGAGGAAGAUCCAUUAAUGGGAGUAGGAAAAGAAGAAGAAAAAGAAGCUGACGCUUCCAUUGAUGAAGCAAGUCAAGCUCCAGCCAGUGAUGCUCUUAAAGAAGAACUCGAAGAGUUGGUGGUAGCAACAAGACAACCGGAUUCAGAUCUUCAUGAAGUAGAUUUUCACAUGUGGAAUGAUGAACUUGAAGUAGAGAUUUCAAUUGGCACUGAUAUUCCCGACCACGAACCGAUUGAUGAGAUUCAAACUCAAAUUGACCUUCCUCCGCAUCCUGACUUACAAGAAGAACCUUCCCCAAGUUCAUCAUUGGAUGUUGACAGUAUGCAAGUCGAGGAAACCGUGGAAGUUAAGGAAGAGGAAGAGUUCAAGAUCUUUUCUGUGGAAACGAGUUCUCAACCUUCAGACUAUCACAAACCGUCAAGUUCUGAGGUUAAUGAGGAUGAGGAAGAAGAUAAAGUUCCUGGUACAGAAGUGGAAGAGUUCAAGCUCUUGUCCGUGGAAACAUGUUCUCAUCCUUCAGACAAUCACAAACCGUCGAGUUCGGAGGUCAAUGAGAAUGAGGAAGAAGAUAAAGUUCCCGAUACACCCACUUCAAUGGAUAGUCUCCACCAGCUACACAAGAAGCUGCUAUUACUAGACAGAAAAGAAUCUGGAACCGAAGAGUCUUUGGAUGGAAGCGUCAUAAGCGAGACCGAAGGUGGGGAUGGUGUGUUGACUCUUGAGAAAUUGAAGUCAGCGUUGAGAACCGAAAGAAAGGCUUUAAAUGCGCUAUAUGCAGAGCUAGAAGAAGAGAGAAGUGCUUCGGCCAUAGCAGCCAACCAAACAAUGGCAAUGAUAAAUAGGCUUCAAGAGGAGAAAGCAAGUAUGCAAAUGGAAGCUUUGCAGUAUCAGAGAAUGAUGGAGGAGCAAUCUGAGUACGAUCAGGAAGCUUUGCAGCUUUUGAAUGAGCUCGUAGUAAAGAGGGAAAAGGAAAAGCAAGAGCUCGAGAAAGAAAUUGAAAUUUACCGAAAAAAGCUUCAGGAUUAUGAAGCUAAAGAGAAGAUUGCAUUGUUGAGGAACAGAAAAGAAGGGAGCAUCCGGAGUAGAAAUUCUUCAGUUUCUUGUAGCAAUGCCGACGAUAGUGAUGGACUAUCUAUCGAUUUGAACGCUGAGGCAAAGAAAGAUGAAGAUUUCUUUUCAAACCAAGAAACAGAGAAUCAAAACACCCCAGCUGAGGCAGUCCUUUAUUUGGAGGAAACUUUGGCGAACUUUGAGGAAGAAAGGCUGUCCAUUCUAGAGGAACUGAAGAUGUUGGAAGAGAAGCUCUUCACCUUGAGUGAUGAAGAACAACAAUUUGAAGACAUUGACCAUUAUUGUGAACGAAAUGGGAAUGGCUACCAUAAGAACUCGGAUUAUUCUACGGGAACAAAUGGAUUUGAAAAUGGUCAUAAUGCGAAGGAAAUGAAUGGAAAACAUUAUCCAGAAAGGAGAGCAAUGAGCACGAAAGCCAAAAGACUUCUCCCACUUUUCGACGAUGUAGUCGAUGCAGAUGUUGUUGAAGAUGUAACAAACGGAGAUGAACAAGGGUUCGACUCCAUUUCUAUGCAAAAGUCUUUAGACAACAAAUUCGACACAGAAUUCAGGAGGGUUGCUGUUGAGGAAGAGGUUGAUCAUGUCUACGAGAGAUUACAAGCACUCGAAGCAGAUAGAGAAUUUCUAAAGCAUUGCAUUGGCUCCCUAAGAAAAGGAGACAAAGGCUUAGAACUUCUCCAAGAAAUCUUACAGCAUCUCCGUGAUCUAAGGAACGUUGAUCUUCAGUUGAAGAACAUGGGAGACAGUGCCAUAGCGUGAUCGCAAUCUAUCCCACAAUCAAAAAUCUCCAAACAACAAAACAUCAGGUAAUUAAAAAGCCUUACGCAUCCAUUCGCCUUAUUUCGUUUUAAACUCCGAAGAUGCAUCGUAAUCUCUGUCGGAAAAAAAAAACAAAACUGAAUGAACUUGGUUCACUUGUUUCCAGUCCUUGGUAAAUACAUAAUGUCAGUCCUUUGGAGUUUUUAACUGAUGCAACAACCAAAGAUACCAAAACCCAAAACCCGUUUCCCUGCAGUGUUGUCAUCGUCAUCGACCAAAUCAGAAAGCUUCCAUAUGGUGGAGCCACCUGAUGUAGAAAAUGUUGGACUAAGCAAACUAAAGUCCACCCCUCCCGUCUUAGUUGACCCAAAUUUUUUUGUGGGUUGUGUCCAUGAUCAUCAUCACCUUAGAGGGAAGGUGAAUGAAGUUGAAUUUGUGUGUAGGACAGUGAGCUGUAGCCAAUCUGUCAUUUGUUUUUAUGUUUUUUUCUUUGUGAGGAAAGAGCCUGGCUUGCAAAGCUGGAGAGAUCAAAGGCAAAGAUUCCAGUGCCAGGUACAUAUAGCUUUUAGUUUUGUUUAGGCAGUUUUAGAUUUUAAGGACAAUCUUUCUUUCAUUUCUUUUUUUCUUUUAUUUUUUUCUGGGAAAGGGGAAGGAUUUUGGGUAAAUAACCCAUCUUUCUAUCCUUUCUCCAUCAUUUGCAUCAUUUCAUCAAAUGGGGUUUGUUUUUCUUACUAUUUGAAGGCCAAAAAAUUGAGUUCCUUGUACACUACAUCUUUUCAUUUGUAAAGUAUAUAAAAGUUGAGUGCUUUGUCUAACAA